AUGCAAAGGGGGAGCAUUGAGAAUUCCCGGAAUUCAAUUUCAAUUAGUAGUCAGGCUUCAACAGUUUCGUAUAGCUCGUCGUUCCCACCCUCUCACUGGCCGGAUGCGCAAGACUUGCCAAAGCCGCCAACUCCGUCCGAUUUGGACGAGACGAAUGUCAGAGAGAGCUUUGUACUCGUCCUAGUCACUGGAGGAACCUUGUGCAUGGUCAAGAAUGAGAGUGGUGCGUAUGAGCCGCUGAAAGGAUACCUGGAAACCGCAGUACCGGAGAUCAACCUACUGCACGAUGAGAAAUAUUUCCAAGAGAAUCUGAAUGAGAGAGCGGGGAAGAAUACCUUUGUGCUUCCAGAAAUGAAGGAUGAGAUUGGAGACACUAAACGAGUGGUUUAUACAAUUUACGAGUACGACCCGCUGAUUGAUUCGUCCAACAUGAGCUACUUGGAAUACAGGCAACUUGCCGCGGACAUUUUCUCCGUCUACGAGCAGUUCGACGGAUUCGUCAUUGUCCACGGAACUGAUACGAUGUCCUACACAGCUUCAGCGCUCAGUUUCAUGAUGGAAGAGCUAGGAAAGCCAGUCGUAGUUACAGGAGCGCAAAAACCAAUGGCAGAAAUGAGAACGGACGCAAUCGACAAUCUCCAAGGAGCUCUUGUCAUCGCUGGAACCCUGAUCAUUCCAGAAGUCGGCCUCUACUUCAACCGCCGCCUGUUUCGGGGAAAUCGGGUGAUGAAAACGGACGCGCAAGAUUUUCACGCUUUCUCGAGCUACAAUAUGGAGCCGCUGAUAAAAAUGGGGACAGAGAUCAACUGCAACUGGGAUCUAAUUUGGCGAAGUCAGAAGCCCACGAAAUUUUCCAUCUCGCACGGGUGGAAUCCGAAUGUCGCGCUGUUGAGGAUCUUUCCAUCGAUAACUGCCACCACAGUGCGCAGUUUUCUCCAGCCACCGAUUCGCGGGGUCGUUUUUCAAUCAUAUGGCGCUGGAAACGGGCCAAGCAAUCGAGAGGAUAUCAUAAAAGAGAUCAAAGUGGCAAUCGCGAGGGGAGUUUUCAUCGUCAUUAUUUCCCAGUGCCAGACUGGAAUCGUUUCUAGCGCUUAUGCAGCUGGAGCUGCUUUUGCCCAAGCUGGCUGUGUUCUUGGAGCUGACAUGACUCCUGAAGCUGCCUUGGCAAAACUAAGCUACGUUCUUGGCUUGGAAGGUCUAACUGCUUCUCAGCGAAAAGAACUUCUGGAGACGAAUAUUCGCGGCGAGCUCACACAGGCCGACAUUGCCAAAUUCAGCCUUUCGAAUUCAUCCUUUUUGCAAUCUGUCGCAGACGCGAUGAAAGUUUCCACCGAAGCAGAAAUUCAACUUAUCAAAGCGUCCUUAUUUCCGUGCUUGCUUUGCUCUGCCGCGAAGGAGGGCAACUUUGAGUCGAUCAAAAAACUGAAGGAGGAUGGUGGAGAUUACUCGAUGACGGACUAUGAUGGCCGUACGCCUCUGCAUAUCGCUGCCGCAGCAGGACACGAUUUGCUGGUGGAAGAAAUGCUUCUUGACGGCUGCCCAGUUCACAAGAAAGAUCACACUGGUGCCACUCCACUGAACGAAGCGAUAAAAAACAAGCACUUUCAAAUCAUCGAAAUGCUCCGCAACGCUGGCGCCGUUCUUAAGUGCUCCCAGCAACAGACGUGCAAUGAGUUGAUGAUGAACGUCGUUGGAAACGAUUUGGAUGCAAUAACUGCCUGGCAUGCUGGCGGAGCAGACCUGGACGCGGCGAAUUAUGAUGGAAGAACUGCCCUGCAUAUUGCUGUCGCGAGAGGGAUGGAAGACAUCGUUCGCUUUCUGAUCUCGCAAGGAUGCGACCCGGAGAGAAAAGACAACUUUGGUCGAACGCCGAUGAUGGAAGCGAGCGGCAAAGAAGAAAUUAUUGAGCUUCUUGAGUGGGGCAUGUCGAUGAAAGACCCACCCGCGGAAACAUGA